ACGUUUGAUAUCCGCUACGACAAUGAGCUUGCUCAUGGAUAUUAUGGGGAUGGGGAAAAGCUAGCUAAACUGGUCCGCAAUAUAUAUAAUAACAAGGGUCUUACCAUUCCAGAUGAAUUUGACAGCACACCGACCCAUCCACCUAUACAUUUUAUGCAGGUGUCUGCCCCUGAUGGGACUGAUGUUGGGGAUUUAAAGAAUGUGUCCAUCCCUGAAGGCCUGAGCAUCGAUAUAGUAGACUUCGGCGAUGAGUGA